CCGUCUUCUGCUCUCUAUCCUGCUCUCUCAUCUCGGCUACCUCAUCCUCCUGCCCUCUCUUACCUCAGCUACAAAUCCUUCCUCUCUCCCUCUCUGACAUCAUCACCUGCACAUUUAUUCAUACAGAUACACAAGUGGCCCGUCUUUCCUUACCUCUUUCUCGCACACGCACGCAAACAUGCUUACACCCAUCCCCUCCUGCUGGCAGAGCGGGGCGAUGCAGGAGCGGCAGGAGCAGCUGUUCUGACACAUCCUGGCGUGACGAGCGCACACCGAAAAGGCAGGAGGAAAAGACAGAGGAGGAGGAGGAGAAGAUAAGGAGGAGGGGAGGAGAGAGGAGGAGGAGGAGGAGAGGAGGAGGAAGAAGAGGGAGAAGAGGUGGACACAACUCUUGCGAAAGGACAGCGGAGGACAGGAGAAGGAGAGGAGAACGAGGCAGAGGAGCAGGGAAGGAGAGGAGAGGGGUGUUGCAGCCAUGUCAGACACACCUUUGCAGAGGAACGGCACCGCCACAGCACCGAUGUCGUGUGAGGAGGCUCAGCUCCACAAAGAGAGGCUGCAGGCCUUGGCGGAGAAGCGAAAACGACAAACUGAGAUUGAAGACAAAAGAAGCCAGCUCGAUGACCUGGUGCUACAACUACAGCAUCUCAAGUCCAAAGCCAUGCGCGAGCGAUGGCUCCUCCAGGGAAUGGGAGUGGAGGAAGAGGAGGCACGGCGGAAACAGCUGGAACAGGAUGAAGAACAGGGCAAGAGGCUGGAAGACAUAAUACAAAGGCUGGAGUCUGAAAUCGGCACACUCGAGAGUGAAGAGUCUCAGAUAUCAGCCAAAGAGCAGGUUCUACGGGAACGUCUGAAAGAGACGGAGCGCUCCAUAGAAGACCUGCAGAAGAGCCUGAUGACUCAAGAUGGAGAUGCCACCGGCUGCAUGUCCGCCCCUCUCUCGGACUGCACGGACCCCGACGCCGACCACCUCGUCCUGGCCACGCAGCCCAGGACCGGCCCACCUGCCUCCGGAGAGCACGCCAUACCAAGACCUGCAAUGUUUGCCAUGGAGAUCAACGUGCAGCAUGACCCACAGACCGGCGAGCAGCGCGUCCUGUCAGCCAACCGUGUGAGCCCGCUGGACGCGGCAUCGCGUGGCGUCAAAGUCUACGACGACGGCAGGAAAGUGGUCUAUGAGGUCAGUUCCUCUGGGGGCGUGUCCACCACCACCAUGGAGAACGGUUGGAGCUCGGCGCAGGUGGACCAGCUGAUCCAGCGUGCUGCCAGACCUGCUGUACACGGAGUAGAUGGCAGCAGGGGUCAGGUGACGGUGACCCAAGCUGCCCCGCAGGCUUAUGUUUCACCAUUAGAUGUUGACGAUCUGUCACCACCCUCCUGCGCCCCGCCAUCCAUUCCUUCGAGCCCACCAGCACAGGUCGUCCUCCAGAGGGAGACCCGGCUUGGUAUGAUGCCCCCCUCUGCUCCCAUUACAACCCAACCUGGCUCCUCAGCUCACCCGGGCGGCGAGCUCACCAACACACCCCAAGCAACCGCAGAGCACCCAGUCACCAUGGUGUUCCUCGGCUACCAGGACGUUGAGGACACAAGCGAGAGCAGGCGGCUGCUAGGCUUUGACGGCGCUGUGAAGGCCGAGGUGGUCCUCAUCGACGAAGAUGACGAGAAAUCGCUGAGGGAGAAAACGGUCACCGACCUAUCCAUCAUCGACGGCACGGCGGCUGACCUCGUGUCAGGGCGGCCGGCCACGUCUGAUGCCGUCAGCACGGAACUGUCAUCCGACGGCCGCGAGCCCGACAGCGCCUCCUCACCCCCCGCUAACCCUGAAGCCAACACGGCCCCCCCGCCCGGCCUCACCCCCCCCACAGGCUAUGGCACACCAUCAGAGGUUACCGUGACAACAGAAAAUGGGUAUCAAGCUCCCAUUCCGACCAGACAACCUCACACCGCCAUGAAAUCGUGGCGGGCAGCCGAGGAUGUCAGUGACACAACGCCACGAGAGCGAGCCCUGAAGAGCGUCAGUUUCCAGGAAUCGGUCAGCGUUAUCUCUGACAGGCCUGCAACCAUGGAAGUGGAGAGCCAGCAGAUCCAACAUGGCUGCCUCAGCAGCCCCAGUAACCGAGCCCACAAUGCAGUUGGUGUGAAAGUGGAGACUCCUGACAGCGAGGUGAUGCAGGAGAUCCGCUACUUGGACCAGGUUUUAGACGCCGCCUCAGAAACCCCCACCAACGGAAACUCUUCUCCCCCAGAACACAUCAAAUCAAUCAGCAUCGACGGAAACUCUCCUUCCGUCUGCGUGUCCGCCUCCUCUCCCAUCAGCCACCACUCGGUCGUCGUGGAGGGUCAGAGACAGACCACAUUCCUCCAUCAGGACGACUCUGCUGUGAGGACCAACGGUCACGUGCAGGCAGAGGAGUCGGCGAGCAGCAGGGCGAGGUUUGAGCUGAGAUCGUUUCACGAGGAGAAGCGGCCGGCGAAACUCUUCACCCCUGGAGAGGAGCAGCAGGUCAGGGUGACGAGGAGGCGACCCUCAGAGGAGGUUCAGGAGCUGGAGCGUGAGCGUCAGGAGCUGAUCAAAGACCAGGCAGUGAAGAAAAACCCUGGCAUCGCCCAGCGUUGGUGGAACCCUCCCCAGGAGGUUCCUUUGGAAGAACAGCUGGAUGCAGAGCAGCUUGAGUCUCUCAAGAAAUACCAGGAGAGGAAACAGCAGAAACAGGGUCAAACUUAUACAUACACACAGCCCCAGGUGUCAGGUCCUCCCACCAUGGUGACCUUCGAUCCUGAGCUAAACAGGAAGGACGACAUUGUGGAGGAGCAGAUUGACUUCUCUUCUGCCAGGAAGCAGUUUCUCCAAGGGGGGCAAACCAAGAGGGACGUAGCUCCUCAAAUAUACUCCGCCAAACCAUUUUCGAAAUCCAGGGGCAGCCAGGGGAGCAGUGACAUUGUCGAAGAAACCGGGGAGGGUCACGUGACCUGGUCUGAUGAAGGAAUUGCGACAGAAUUCACUUGUGCACGAGCUGUAAUGACAAUCCUGCCUGAUGAGGAGGAAGGGAAGAGCCAUUUCAAUCCAGGUUUCCACCCAGAGGAGUCUGACUCAGGGUUAGACGAGUUAUCUGUCCGUUCUCAGGACACCACUGUGUUUAGCUUGGAUAACGUUUCUGACAGCGGGGCUUCGCUACCGCCUACCCCGCUGCCGCUUACCCCGGUGUCACCGCCCACCCCCCAGCCCACCACGCCAGUCAAUGGGCAGACCAGCAGCAGUCCAACGGAAGACGACCUGGAGUACCACGCAGGGGUACUUGUCCAAAAUGCCAUCCAAAAUGCCCUGGCAGCUCGGGAUGGAGGGGAGUGGCAGGCAUCUGACUUGAAUUCCUCCCAACCUAGCGCCCCUGUGUCUCCAUCCUCAGUUUCUACGAGUAGCCCAGUGCCAGUUUCUUCCUCUCCUGUGUCUUCUGGUGGAGCUCCCAGCCUCCAGUCACCAGUGUCCUCCAGUCCUGCUCCAUCCGACGUGUCGCCUCAGCCAGACAGACGACCAGAAGUAAGAGUCAUUGCCCAAGAGAAGCCUUCAGAGUCCGAACAUGCUGUGCAGCAGCAGCAGCAGCAGCAGCAGCAGCCCUCCAGUCCAGCACAGCAAACACAGCUCCAGACGCCUUCUCCACCUCCUUCUCAGCCCGUCUCUCCACCCCAGAGACCCAGAGAUGGAGGCCCCAGAAUCAAAAUCCAGUCCUCUUACGCCAGAGCUCUCGCCUCCUCAGCCCCGGCUCCAGCUCCCGCACCUGCUCCUGUCUCUGCAGCUCCGGUUUCCAGGCCGACCCCAGUCUACCGUCCCCCUUCUCCUCCGAGCCCAGAAAAACCAGAAUUCAGCUACUUCAGCAAAUACUCCGAAGCAGCCGAACUGCGCAGCACGGCAGCAGCAGCACGAGGCCCUGAGGCGGAGGCAGCGAGCGGCCCGUUCCGCCUGCGCUCCAAGAAGCAGCGAACUUUGUCCAUGAUUGAAGAGGAGAUCCGAGCGGCUCAGCAGAGGGAGGAGGAGCUGAAGAAACAGAGGGAGGAGCAACCUGUUGUUAUUGUCCGCCCCAGCAACCCUUCAUACAACAGUCUCGGUUCUGUGAGGUCGGGGAUGCGGCAGACUAAGAUUUCCCCAGCAGAUAAGAUGAAGAGCAACAGCCUGCCAGCGAGACUCACACUGACAGCGAAGACAGCACCAGGAAAAAUCGAUAAGGUUCGACCUGCACCGCCUGUCUCACCCUCGCCUUCAGACGGAGCCUUGUCUGACGCCGGCAGCGAGGACUCUGGAGGACGGCCCAAAAACUUCAUGCAGACACUAAUGGAAGACUAUGAAACACACAAAGUGAAGAGGAGGGAGAAGCUAGAGGACAACAGUUAUGCCCGUUUGUUGCUGGCCAAUGAGGUUCUGGAGGCCACUCGCGUCACCAGGAGGAAAAGCGACAUGGCGCGGAAGUGGGAAGCCGGUAUCUAUGCCAACGAGGAAGGAGAGGAAGAAGAAGAAGAGGAGGAGGAGGAGGAAGAGGAGGAGGAGUAGACUGCUCCUUCCAGAGACAGUUAAGGGACCGAGAGGGAAGGAGGAGGAAGAGACUGAAGGAAAAACGCAGCGAGGACGUGGAAAGGAAACAGUAUUUAUUUCACUCAUAGUAUUCUGAUCACAUGACCCACUGGCUCAACCAGUGGGACUCAUCAAAGAGAUGCAUCGAGUUGUGGAUUUUAGAGGAUUGAAGGCCGACAGUAUGUGAAGAGACUGAGUAUGUGAGAGACAUUUGAAGUGUUGAGGUGAUGCAAGAGACACUUUGAAAGGGUUUGAUGGUGGUUUAAGAGCGCUGCUCAGAAGUGCAUUGGGAAUUGAAGGUUUUUAAUAGUUGGUAGACGCUGAAUGACGUAAAUAUUCAUAGGAUUUUUCAUUUACCUGUUUUUUUUUAUUGAAAUAUGGGCUGAGAUCUAAAGAAUCAAUCUAAAGAUUUUAUUUUGACUGGUUGCCUGAGACUUGCUGAUGAUGGUUUUGGCAGUGGGUGCUUGAUAAUAACCCCAAUGUUCAAUUCAAAAUGUGUGGAGAGGGUUGCAAACGACAAACAGGCAUAUGCAGAGUGACUAUGAAGAAACUUUUAACUGAAAGGAGUUAAAGAGAGGAGACAAAGCGAGGCCUGAUAUCUGUCAGAUUUUGAUGAUGCUGCAAUGUUUUCCAGGCACUUAAACAAAUUGGAGCAUCGCCUUCAGAGCCCGUAAAGUUUAACCUUCUGCAUCCUGUAGUGCCACAACACACCACAGAUAUAACACAUGUACGGCAUGUCGGUGGGAGCUUUUGCAAUCCUUUUAAGCAUCUGCAAUAAAUCUUAAGUGCCGACUUGAGGGUCCUUGAACUGUUGAAUGCUAGCGAGGAAAUUUGAAAAACUAGCAUCGAGGUUCAACUUUGCCUUAGAUCGUCAGUGAUUGUUGGAUGCACGAUAUGUAUGAUGUAUUUUAUCUUCUCUUAUUCUGCAGUUUCAAUAGACCUUAGAGAAAAUACCACAUUAGAUAGAAGUCUGUCUAUAAAACACUAUUCUUCAGUGACUUCAUGUCUAUUAAGUGACGGACACAUGGGAAAGAGGGAAGCUAACUGCGGGUCAUGUUUGCGUCACUUCAGUCAGAGUGUGUAUGAAAUAAAGGGCUGGGUCGAGGGCUUUUAUAUCCUAAAGUAAAUCACUUAUUUUACCUUCGCUGGCUACGUCGCUUUGUUGACCUGUGCUUUCUGAUGUAAGGAGUUGUUUCAUGUAUUAUACUGAGGUAGGAUUGUGUAUUUGAUAUAUGAACAUGUAUGUUAAGAUUCCAGUGAGGGCGACUGCCAUGUAUCUACUAUACCUUGCUAGCUGAGGAUAAAGUUUGAUGAAAAAUAUUGAAAAAGCGUUUUAUAAAAAAAAAGUUGUUUUACCAAAAACAGAAUGUUGUUAUUUAGAGAACAGUCUGCCUACGCUUUUAAAAAAUCUAUUUAAGAAGUUUCUGAUUGUGUGCAUGGAAUGACAUUCAUUCCUAACCUGACACAAGCACACAACAAGCAGAAGGUAACCGACAUUGCAAAGGCUCAUUAACAGGCCAUAACUACAGGCUCAACUUCUGCUCAUUUUGUAUGAUAAUAACGUAACAGGGGAGGUUCAUGUGUUGGGGUUGUCAGUUUUUUUACUAAAUAUAUUGUGAGCUUUGAUUUUACAGGAUGUGACUUCCUGUUUUAAAUGAACGAUGAAUGAUUUACUGCGAUACUGUGGAUUGUCCAGGUGUGGAAAGCAAAGUUCAGCUUCAAAACUAAACACAUUGAAACAGGAGUAAUCCCUGUAGCCUAGAGGAUUGUCUUUAAAGGGACAGUUCACCCCCAAAUCAAAAAUACAUAUUUUGCCCCUUACCUGUAGUGCUGUUUAUCAGUCUAGAUUGUUUUGAUGUGAGUUGCCGAGUGUCGGAGAUAUUGGCAGUAGAGAUGUCUGCCUUAUUUCCGAUAUAACAGAACUAGAUGGAACUAGGCUUGUGGUGCUGCAAAAAAGUGAAUUUUAUAAACUCAACAUCAGUGUCUCUUUCCAGAAAUCAUGACCCAUUUAUUCAAGAUAAUCCACAGACCUUGUUGUGGCCGGUUUCAUGGAACUAUUUUCUUUGUACCGAACAACUGCCAACCAUAUCACCCCACAGGAGGAAGAGUGCAUCUACUCACGGACAGGAGGCUUUGUUUUUGACAGCAUAAGCUGUAAAAAUUAAGGGUGCUCUCCUCAGCUGAGCUGUGACGUUAGCUAGCUAGCUAGUGGUCAUAGGUGAGCUAGCAGUAGAUGCACACUUCCUUCUAUGUGGUGAUAUGGUUGGCGGGUAUAUUUC